AUGGAGCCGGUCAGGAGCCAAAGCAUCAAGAUAAUCUUUGAGGGGGAUACCGCGACCACACCCAUAAGGGUGGCAGCCACCAAGUCGGCAAGAGGGUCUACAUCGAAGAAGACUGACACGGAUUACGUGAUGACGGAGAAGGACGGGCAGCGGGUCGAUGGAGAGGAGGUUAUCCUUUCGCCGCGAAAGAGGGGAGUGAAGAAGUUCUUAAUGAAGAGUUCGCUGGACGAGAUUGACACGGUUGAGCCACUGAGGCGGGCCCUUCGGCAACCAAUGCAAUGCUCUAUUCUGGAGUACCUGGCGGCAUCAAAGCCGGCUCGUGAUGAAUUACAGAUGAUCACGCGGAAGACUUGCAUACCUCUAUCAGAGGAGGGUCAGGGGGCCCCUAAAGCGGAAGCUUCUACAGUAGCGGUGACGGGGGUGACUGCGAGAGCGGAUCGCAUGGCGACAGUCCUUCUCGAUGGGAUGGAAGGUGUGUCUCCAGAUAAGUUUUAUAUACUUGGUAGCGGGGCCGUAGAGACGAUUAUAAAAGAUGGAGCGAUACUCGAUGCUGUGAUUGAUAACGGCAGUGAGGCUGUCAUCAUAGACGAGGACCUGGCAGUACAAGUUGGACUGGGCCUCGAUAGGUCAUACCUAUUCGAGAUAGAGACGGCUGAUGGGAGAAAGCAACAGAUCACUGGGGUUUGUCACAAGGCAGCCAUAGAGGUCCAAGGGGUAAGAGUGACCCUGCCUGUCUUUGCAGUCAAGAACUGCAGCUCCGACCUGCUCUUGGGUCGAACGUGGCUGAGCCAUGUGCAUGCGGUGACAAUAGAGCGACCUGAUGGGAGCCAAACAUUGUUCAUUAGGAAACCAGAUGGGACGCGGGUAAUGAUUGAGACAGUGGAGCCUCGGGAUCCUAGGAACAGAGCAGCUCUCGCUGUGGGUGCGAGACCCAGUGAUCAGAUUAAGUCGUUGCCUAUCUCCGGCCGCGCGGUGCGAUUUCGCGAGAAGARAUAUGGACCACUGCUCACAGAGGAAGAAGGUCGGAUCGUGGAGGUGGAAGAUUUAGGGAGUCGGCUAAUAGUGGACGGCAACUCGUACCCGAAGGAAAAAGAUGAGGAAUUUGGCGGUGUGGUAUCCGUGUCUUUUUUAAGGGCACGGCCCCCUAUGGGGGGCUACCCAAGCGACACAAGCGAGUAGCUCAAAAAGUUAAGCUAGUGGCGGUGGGCCGCGAGCGAUCUGCACUGGAAGGGGUAUUAGAAGAAGAGAUCGCGAAAGAAAUCAAAGAAAGAAAGAAAA